AUGGUUCUUAACCAGGAAAAGCUCGCAAAGCUCCAGGCCGCCAGCCGAACCGGCGGUAAGGGUACCCCGCGUCGUAAGAUGGCUCCUAAGCCCAAGGGUCCCGGUGGUGAGGACCCCAAACUCCAGGCCGCCCUCAAGAAGCUCCAGGUGGAGCCCGUUUCUGGUGUCGAGGAGGUCAACAUGUUCAAGGAGGACGGCAACGUUCUUCACUUCUCUGCCCCCAAGGUUCACGGUCUCCCCUCUAGCAACACCUUCGCCGUCUACGGCAACGGUGUCGACAAGGAGCUUACCGAGCUUGUCCCCGGUAUCCUCAACCAGCUCGGUCCUGACUCGCUCGCCUCGCUCCGCAAGCUCGCCGAAUCUUACCAGGCCAUGAACGCUCAGCACACCGCUUCGCAAGCCGCCGCCGGUGGUGCCUCCAAGGAUGACGAUGACGUUCCCGAUGUUGUUGAGAACUUUGACGAGGCCGACAAGAAGGAAACCGAGGUUGACAAGCUCGACUAA